AGCCCACCCAAGGUGGUCGCGUUUUUGUGUUUUAUUCGAGGUUUCCAGGUUAGCCAUGGGCUGCGCGGGCUCUAACGACAGCAAGGCCUCCGCAUACAAAGCAGGUAAUGCUCCGAUGGCAACCCUCAAGGUUGAUCCGACGAGUGAUUUGGUGAAGCUCUGGACAAAGUCGGGGAAGAUUGCGGUUUCUGGCCGCUACCAUUUUUUCCCAAAAGAAAUGCGAGAUGAUUACACAGUGAUGAGCACGGUACUUGGCACAGGCCUUAGUGGUGAGAUCAAGUUAGCGGUAGAGAAAGGUAAGCCUGGCGGUGCCAAGUACGCUGUGAAGGCGCUCAAAUUGACAAACAUUGGUGCUGACAAGCUCAAUGAGCUCAGAUCUGAGGUGGAUGUAUUCUUGUGCAUGGAUCAUCCGCACGUUGUUCGGCUGUACGACGUUUACGAAGGCGCAGACUUUCUACACCUCGUCAUGGAAUGCAUGGAAGGAGGCGAGCUGUUCGAUCGCGUGGUUGAGCUCAAGAUUUUCAACGAGGCACUCGCUGCCGAGGCAGUGAAACAGAUGCUGCUGGCCCUCAAUUAUAUCCAUCACCACGACAUGAUCCACCGAGACAUCAAGCUUGAGAAUUUCCUUUACGACAAAAAGGGGAGCAACCACUUGAAGUUGAUCGAUUUUGGAUUCAGCAAGAUCGGGGACAUCAACACCAAAAUGCAGGCGACAUGCGGCACUCUGUCAUACGUCGCACCAGAGGUCUUGUUGAAGAGCUACGACAAACAGUGCGAUCUGUGGAGCCUCGGGGUCAUUGUCUUCGUUCUACUCGUCGGCCAUUUGCCUUUCUCUGGUUCAGAUGAAGAGCAAAGGAAGAACAUAUCCGAAGGCAGGUUCGCCAUAAAGCCCGAUCUUUGGAGUAAGGUUUCCAAGGAUGCCCAAAAGUUCACGCUGCAGGGCCUUCUGCAGAUGGACCCGACAAAGAGGCUGACUGCAGCGCAGGCCUUGGAGCACAAGUGGAUCAAGGCGAGACAAAAGAAGCAUCGCGAGAUCGAUAACGGCGUCGCCGACGCCCUUCGCUCCUUUGGCCAGGCCAGCAAGUUCCGCCGCUGCUGCAUGGAAAUGAUGGCGUGGUCCUUGACAAACGAGGAGCGGUCGCAGGUGCGCGACGCUUUCAUUGCCAUGGACGAAAGCAAGCAGGGAACCAUCAGACUCGUGGACUUAAAGAAGAUCUUGCAGGACAAAUUCGACAUACCUGACGAGGAGGUUCUCAGCAUCUUCCAGUCCCUCGACGUCAGCCACGACGAGGAGAUUCAUUACAGUGAUUUCCUCGCAGCCAUGGUCGGCUACAGGAUUCAAAUGCAUGAUGAGCACCUCCAGGCUGCCUUCAAGAGGUUCGACAAAGAUAGUUCUGGGUACAUUUCCCUCGAUAACCUGCAGGAGGUACUGGGUGAAUCGUACGAGGGAGAGUCGAUGUCGAGUCUGCUUUCAGAGGCAGAUGUUCUUUGUGACGGCAAGAUAUCUUACCCAGAGUUUGUGUCGUACUUGACAGGGCGGCCCUUGGAGCAACAGCUUAUUGGUGCAUCCAUCGUGGACCAGGAGCUCAAGAAUCCCGGGUCACCCAGCACGUCCAUCAGCAAGGCCAGCGCGGGUUACAAGAAGCAGCUGUCGAUGAAGAUUAACUCCGAAGAGCCUCAGUGACCCGAACCAGCAUCCACGGAUACCCGCGCGCGCUGAGCUCCCGUUGCCUGGCAGCCGUGGGCCGCCGUGGGCUCUUCGGUAUCCCGCGCGCGCCGGGCUCGUGCCACGAGGGUCAAUCUUACUCGCGAGUUGGAACUCACAGUCGUGAGGAGAGUGAAGUCAGUGAGGGGGGCUGAGUUUUUUCUGUCUGCUGUUCCGUAGGGUUUUUGACUGGCUCCGCAUCGCGAGAGAGGACUCUACGCUACGGUUGCUGUGGUGUCAUAGUAUAGUGUUGGGGACACCGGGGUGCGACACUACUCCAGAUUUCUACACUAUGACACUACACCUACGGCCGAGGAGGGGCUGAGUUUAGUCUGCUGUUCCGUAGGGUUUUUGACUGCUGCUCCGCCCUCCCGCGGCGGAAGGGGAGGAGACUUGCCCCAUUCCCCUCUCCUCCAUCCGAAAAACAACGUCGUCCGUCUCUCCUCCUUAGCCGCACUGUAGUGCCAUAGUGUAGUGUCACACUUGGUAUCCUCUGACUCUACACUAUGACACCAGUCUAAACCUCAGUGUAGUGUCAUAGUGUGUCACUGUCGCGUGGACAUGACACCGCACUAGUGAAGAUAGUGUAGUGUCGUAGUGCAGUGUCGAACUUCACGUUUAAGAUCUACUCUCGCGUGCCACGGCGCUGCACCAGGCAGUUUUGCCAACCCAUCGUCCCGAUAUUGAUGCGUUCUAUUGACGUUAUGCAUCUGUGCGGAGGGCGCCCGAUGAACUUGUUCAAGAGUGUGAGAAUCCCACACGGGCCCACACGGGACAGGUUGUUCGAUCUACUAGACAGGAUUCCCUCACAGCGGGGAUCGAGGCCAAGGUGGCAGAAUUCGUUCACAUCCCGACCUUUCCCGAGGCCUUGGCCUCACUUGGUUCUUGCCCGGUCUGUGGGGUCCUCAGCUGCGAAGACCAUUCAGCGCUCCAGGCGAUCUUCCAAAGUUCUGGUCGCCGUGCAUGAUGAUCCCCAUGUUCUAUAGACCGGCCCUGGGCCGAUGGGGCGUCGCUUUUGCGAUGCCACCCCUUCGAUUUGGUCAUUUUCACUCCACCCUCUGGAGGUGUUUUUUGGCGGCCACUCGGCAGACCACCCGCGCGCAGGCGCGGCAUCCGGUUCGUCUCAUUUCAGGUUGCUGGGCCGACUUGCCGCCUGCGGACAGCAUUUUUUUUGAGGCAGGCACUUAGCCGUCUGUCUGGACGAGAAGAACGCCGCCUCAAAGACGCUGUAACGCUACAUCACAGACCGUAUACCCGAACCGACCGAACCGAGCCCUCCCUCGCCCCCCUCCCUCCUUCCUGCCCCGUGCCCUUUCCCAGCCGAUGCCCAUUUUCCACCGCUGGCAGGGGCGCCGGCUCGGAGCCGCGACUCCGAUUCGAUUCGGGUCGGGCCGAGCCACCGACGGCGUCGGCCGCGGGCAGCCAGAGCGGGGCACGGCUGGGGCCGUGAGGUUCGGCAGCGCGAGCUGCCUAGAGCCGACGAGCUUAGGGUGUCACUCUUGAGCAAAGCGGCUCGUCGGGGCCCGGGAGGCUCGGAGGCGCGAGCCGCCUGAAGCCUGCGCGAGCUUGCUGCGCCGCCCUUGCCCGUUUUGCAUCUGGGAGAAAUGUGCACU